AUGGAAGAUGGUUUUAAAAUGAUUAGUAGUAUGUUUGGUGGGUUUGAAACAAGGAUCAAGGGUGUGGAAUCAUUUCUGAACUCUCACGGAUGCAAUGAAAGAGGUGACUUUGGUGGUGAUGAUUAUAGCCCUCGAACUAGGGUUUGGACUCAGGGUGAUUGCUCUGGUGGUGGGGGUGGACAAAAGGAUGUGGUCGAAGCCUCGAAUGAGCCAGUGGCCGAAGCCUCGAAGGAGCCAGUGGCCGAAGCUACUAAUGAGCCAGUGGCCGAAGCCACUAAUGAGCCAAUGGCCGAAGCCUUGAAGGAGCCAGUGGCCGAAGCCUCGAAGGAGCCAGAGGAUCAAGCUGAAGUUGGUGAGAAGAGGGUUAAGAAGCGAGCAGCAACCUUAAGGACUCCCUACAUGGCCCAGAACCCAGCAAAGAAGGGGAAGAAGAAUUGA